AUUAUUCAUUUUGUCGUUUGUUUACCCUCACAAAACCCGUUCAUCAUCAGUUUACGUAAACCGUUUAUUUUGUUUUUUUAUUUUUUUGGUGAUUUAAAACACUUACUGAAUUAUAAUUUAAUUCGAUCAAGUAGAAUUUUGUCUUCAAUGCGGUGCGUAACGAUGUGCUUUAUCGUCGCAGAGCCUGGUUGUGUCUAAGCGUUAGACUAAAAAAGUCGUCCCGUUAUCACCGACUCGUGAAAUCUUUUACUGACAGGGUUAACAUAAUACGACAGUAAUAUUCAGCCGUCAUUAUGUUUUAUUCGCACUUCUCGUUGUCCAAGAAAGGGCCUCUCGCCCGUAUCUGGUUGGCUGCCCAUUGGGACAAGAAAUUGACCAAAGCCCAAGUAUUUGAAACCAACAUUGAGACAUCUGUAGACGGAAUAUUGCAGCCAAAAGUGAAAAUGGCCCUACGUACGUCAGGACAUCUUUUGUUGGGUGUGGUGCGAAUUUAUUCACGUAAAGCUAAAUACCUGUUGGCUGAUUGUAAUGAAGCUUUUGUCAAGAUUAAAAUGGCUUUUCGACCUGGCAUGGUUGACUUGCCCGAGGAUAAUCAUAUAGCAGCAACUAAUGCUAUAACACUCCCAGAAGUAUUUCAUGAUUUUGAUACAGCUAUGCCAGACUUGAAUGAUGUUGAUAUAGAAGCUCAAUUCAGUUUAAACCAGUCAAGAGCCGAAGAAAUAACUUUGCAUGAAGAUUAUAAUAUUAGCUCUAUGGUUUCUAAAAACUCUGGUUUUGAUCAAGGAUUUGGAUUCUCUGAAGUUGAAAAUUCUGAUAUACUCCGUCAUGGAAUUGAACAUUCCCUGUUGUUUAGUGAAGGUGUCGAUCAUUUAAUAAAUCGUGAUAAAGAACCUAUAGCUUCUACGUCUACUGGAUCUGGUAUUUUAAGCCAAAACAGUUUAGGAAUAGAUGCCCCAAUUAGAGAUGAUGGGUUUGGAGGUAAUAUUGGUCAAGUCAUCACUGAUAACUUUUUUCAAGCUGGAGGUUUAUUUGAUGAUGUACCUUCUGCUCCUAUGGAAGUUAAUGAUGGUCAAGGUCCUCCUAGUCCUCCACCAUUCAAUACACCUAAUCGAAAUGAUGAUGAUGAUGAUGAUAAUCACUUUAUGCCUCCUAGUCCAGGUAGACAAAGCUCUGAUGGUUCAAGACCAGCAUCCCCUGUUAAUUUACCAUUCCCUAAUGCUGGUGCAUUAGGUCUUAUACCAUCACCAACACGAGAUCAGACAUUGAUGCCUCCUCCAGAUAUAGAUAUGCAUGAUAUGCACGAUAUGCAUGAUAUUCAUGAUAUUCAAGCAUCUGAAGAACCUGAGCCAUUAAAUGAACAGAAUACUUCUGUAGACCAAACUACUUUGGUACAGAAUGAAGAAGAAAGUUUUGCUUUAGCUCCAGUUGAUGCUAGUGCAUUGAGAGGGUUACCAAAGACUAAAAGAAAACGAAAACUUAUUGUGGACGAAGUAAAAAAUAUUUCUGGUGAAGAAAUGAAAGCACAAUUGAGCGAUACAACAGACAUUGUAAUUACAUUAGAUUUAGCACCGCCUACUAAAAGACUAAUGCAUUGGAAGGAGACAGGUGGUGUAGAAAAAUUAUUUGCUCUUCCUGGAAAAAAUAUACCAGCUAUACCAUUAGCUAAGAAUUACCAAAGACAUUUAACAGCAAAAACAUUAAAUAAUGAUGAAUUAGAUGGUGAAGGUGGUAUUGAAGGAGAUGAAGAAAAUGUGUUACCUGCAAUAGCUGGCCCGGUACCUGGACGUCGUGGUCGUAAAAGAAAAAUACCUAUUGAUGAAGAAAAUCAAAAACCGGCUAAAAAAGAUGUUUUGCCGCCAAUACCGGAAGUACCAUCUCAAGUUGAAUCUAUGGAAGUGGAAAUUCCUGCACCAUUGUCUGUAGCUCCUCCUACACCAGCUAUUCCUGAAGAACCGGAACAUGUAGAAAUUAAUCAACAACAGCCAAUUGAACCACAACCGUUUAUAACAUCACCAUUAAAUGAUAAUGAUCAAAUGUUACCCCCUGGAACACCCGCACAUAAGUCAGUUGAUCCAAUUAAUAAUGAAGAUCAGCUCAUAAAUCCAUUUGAUGAUUUACAAGCACCCCCAUCAGUCAAUGAUUUAUCAGAAGCAAACAAUCAGUCAUUACAACCAGAAUUACAAAAUAUGGGUUAUGAUAACCAUAUAAAUCAAUCCAAUGAUUUUAAUCAAGUCAUAAUGGAUAAUAUGGGAUAUGAUGGUCAUCAUAAUGCUCCUGUUACACCAGGAUUACCUUCACCAAGAGGUGGUGCAACACCUUGGCGUGACCAAGAUUAUGAUUAUCCUGCAUCUGUUGGACCUGUGGAAGAACAACAAGCUCCACAUGAAACAAAUGAACAAUAUGAAGAACGAGUAAUGAACAAAAGAGCUAAUCAGUUGUACCACACAAUUAAGACGAGAUUCGCACAAAAAGACACUCUUGUUUUUGAUGAUCUUACCUACAGAAAUCGGAGGAAAGAGGCAGCUCAGAAGUUUUAUUCAGUUCUGGUUUUGAAAAAAUACAAAGUCUUAGAGUUAAUUCAAUCUGCCCCCUAUGAACCUAUACAGCUAGUGAAAGGCGCAUGUUUCACCGACCCAAAGCUGUAAAUGUUUUUAUAAAAUGAAGUUUAUUUUAAUAGUAUAACAAUUUUAUGUAAAAUGGAAAUUUUGUUCAAAAGACCUAUGCCAAGUACAACACUAUGCGCUUUAUGUAAACAAAUAAAUAUAAUUAUUAAGAUGUUUUUAGAUAGACAAAAUAGGUGUAAAUCGAAUUUAAGGAAAUCUUGUUCAUAUUUAUUAUUUUUGUUUAUAAGAUUGGUAUACAGAAGAUUAAACUAAUAUUUAAAUAAUGUAAUUUUAUAUAUUAUGUCCUCCAAUUAUUUGUUUGAUCUUAUGUAUACUUUCACAAUUUUUGUAGUUGACUAAAUUAAGUAUUAAU